CCCUCUUCCUUUCUUCUUCUUAUUCUCUCUCUCUAUCCUUCUCUCUCUUGGUUGAGUAUAUAAUAGUGUGGUUUGUAUGUAAACGAUGCGAUUAUUGAUAUGACAAAGCUAAAUAAAGCAUAAUUCCAUCCAUGCAAGCUUCUCUUCUAUCUAAAAUCGUCACAAUGACUAACCGCUGCUUUACUAAUUUCCUUCAUUCAUGUUUCACUGAAUCUUAUUUAUUACUAUAUUUUCGCCAUAGUCAACAAUUAUUGCAUGUGCCUAUCUUAUUGUUUUUUUUUUACAUAUUAUACUCCUUUCUUCAUUUAGAGCUGACUCAAUUAUAUCAAAUUUUGCUUCAUAAUAUACACGUUUAUCACAUUACACUGAAAGUAUUGUUUUUCGUAUUGUUUCAUUUCAAAGAACACAAAGUGCUGAACUAAUAUCAACAACCAUUUCAUGUAUGUCAGUUAUUGGUUUUUCCUACAUAUUACAUUCAUUUCAUCAAUUAUUACCGAUUCAAUAUUGGACUUUUUCCUUAGAAUCUACACGUUUACCAUAUUAA